UACAUGACUAUGACAAUAUAUAUGACGAAUAUGCUGUACAUAAAUUGCGUUUACAUAUUAAAAGCAUGUUUCAAGAAAAUCAACGACGAUUUGACAAAUUUAUUCAUAACGAACGACGAACAUUUAGUCAGGUCGAUCUAUCGUAAGCAAAGUACUCCUUUAUUGUUGAUGGAGCUCAACGCCUUGAAGAAACGACAUUUGAUGAUUAGCGAUUCAGUGCAAAUGCUAAAUAUAAUUUACAGUCCGCAGCUCCUCGCAACCAUAGUCAUAGUAGUCAUUCAUAUUAUUUUUGAAAUAUAUUUCAAUGUAGUACAAUGGCAAAAUGGGUCUAUCACGUGGACAUCUAAGAAUGUUAAAAUGGCUGUACUAGUUCAUCUUUGGCUUCAUCUUAUGACAAUGUUACUGAUAACAUGGGUCUGCGAAACCGGCAAAAACGAAGCGACAAAGAUUAGGACUACCGUCCAUGAUGCACUUAACAGCACUAGCAACGAACAAAUCAAAUAUGAGUUGCAGCUGUUUUCUUUACAAAUAAUGCAUUGUGAUAAUACAUUCUCCGUGAAGGGUCUCACUAUAGAUGCGAAAAUUCUCACAGCAAUGGGUGGUACUAUCGUUACACAUCUUAUAAUUUUAAUACAAUUCUUGAUCACCUCGCAUUCUUGCGAUGGAAAGACUACAUUCAAUGUGACACAACAACCCCAGCAAAAAUAAUUUCGUAGAAAAUAUAUAAUCGGUAAAUGAAACGUAUUCUAUUCUCCAAGUGAAUAAGGAAAAUAAUUUUUGCGGUAAUAGUUUUAUCUGUGCAACCGUUAAAUACGCAAUUUAGUUAAUGAUUUACGUCGAUGUUGGUCGACAGUGAUUUUUUUCUACACGCUGUUCAGUAGUUUGAUGUUAUAUUGCGCCAACAUCUCUUGCACUUUUGAAUAAUUCGAUAAAAUAUAUUCAAUAGAAGAAAGCGAAGGAAUUCUUUCUUUUUUGAAUAACAAGAUAUUUGCUUAAUACAAGACAGGAUUGUUCCGCAUUACGAGUGUCGAUGAUACGAUAUCGGGGCGAAUGAAUUUCAUUACAGCCGGCGGACGCGUUUAAUGCAGAGCAGCUCCGGCGGUCUAAAGGCUGGAUAGGCCAACUCAGCACCCUGAUAUUUCUUUGAAUAGAGAUCUGUGUCGUGCGAUAGGCUCGUAUAAAAGACGGGGGUGAAGACGGAAGGAACUCCACCUCUAUCUUACCCUUUCACUCGCCGACUCUCCUCGUCGCCGUAGUUCUAAUGUCACUUAGCAUAUUACUACUCUCUGUUCCUUUAGACUCGAAUUUUCACGCUCUGCCUCUUAUAGAUAAAUCCCGUAGUCCUAAACUCGUUAACAAACUGUAGUAAUGCUCGUUACGAGUGAUACCAAGUGUGAAAUGAAGUAACGCAAUCGUAAAACGUGCGCCGUCAUAAUUAAGAUGUCGAAGUACAUACGUCUAUAGACACUACUUGAUUUCAUAUAUUUCCAUAGCGAAAUUUCUAAUUAGAUUAUUAAACUGAAAUGUGACAUAUGGAAUGUA